CGCCCCGCCGAGCGCGCCUGCGUGCGUGGCCAGCGCCAGCCCGGCUCCUGGCCGGUUGAAUUUUUUUUUUUUUUUUUUUUUGUCUUCCUCGCCGGGAUUAAAGUUGGAAAUUGAGCGGAGAAUUGAGUUGCCCGGGAACAGAGCUGCGGCUGCCGCCAGAGCGAUGUUCCCGCAGAGCCGGCACCCGACGCCGCACCAGGCCGCAGGCCAACCCUUCAAAUUCACUAUCCCGGAGUCGCUGGACAGGAUCAAAGAGGAAUUCCAGUUCUUGCAGGCGCAGUACCACAGCCUGAAGCUGGAAUGUGAGAAACUGGCAAGCGAAAAGACGGAAAUGCAGCGGCACUACGUCAUGUAUUAUGAAAUGUCCUAUGGAUUAAACAUUGAAAUGCACAAGCAGACUGAAAUCGCGAAGAGGCUGAACACGAUCUGUGCACAAGUCAUCCCAUUUCUGUCUCAGGAACAUCAACAACAGGUGGCGCAGGCUGUCGAACGUGCCAAACAGGUGACCAUGGCAGAGUUGAAUGCCAUCAUCGGGCAGCAGCAGUUGCAAGCUCAGCAUCUUUCUCAUGGCCACGGGCCCCCAGUGCCUCUAACACCUCACCCUUCGGGACUGCAGCCUCCUGGAAUCCCGCCCCUCGGGGGCAGCGCCGGCCUCCUCGCGCUGUCGAGUGCUCUGAGUGGGCAGUCUCACUUGGCAAUCAAAGAUGACAAGAAGCACCACGAGGCAGAGCACCACAGAGACAGAGAGCCAGGCACAAGUAAUUCCCUCUUGGUCCCAGACAGUCUAAGAGGCUCAGAUAAACGCAGAAAUGGGCCUGAAUUUGCCAAUGACAUCAAAAAAAGGAAGGUGGAUGAUAAAGACUCCAGCCACUAUGACAGUGAUGGCGAUAAAAGUGAUGACAACUUAGUUGUGGAUGUGUCUAAUGAGGACCCUUCUUCUCCGCGAGCAAGUCCCGCCCACUCACCCCGGGAAAAUGGAAUCGACAAAAACCGCCUCCUGAAGAAAGAUGCCUCGAGCAGCCCGGCGUCCACGGCCUCCUCCGGAAGCUCCACUUCUUUGAAAUCCAAAGAAAUGAGCUUGCAUGAAAAAGCCAGCACGCCUGUUCUGAAAUCCAGCACGCCGACGCCACGGAGCGACAUGCCAACGCCGGGCACCAGUGCCACUCCAGGCCUCCGUCCAGGCCUCGGCAAGCCUCCAGCCAUGGAACCCCUCGUCAACCAAGCAGCAGCCGGUUUGAGGACACCGCUGGCAGUGCCCGGCCCAUAUCCUGCUCCCUUUGGAAUGGUGCCCCACGCGGGCAUGAAUGGCGAGCUGACCAGCCCUGGGGCAGCCUACGCCAGUUUGCACAAUAUGUCUCCACAAAUGAGUGCUGCUGCUGCUGCGGCCGCCGUGGUGGCGUACGGGCGGUCCCCCAUGGUUGGCUUUGAUCCACCUCCUCACAUGAGAGUUCCCAGCAUCCCUCCCAACCUGGCGGGGAUCCCCGGGGGGAAACCUGCCUACUCCUUCCACGUGACGGCGGACGGCCAGAUGCAGCCCGUGCCCUUCCCCCCCGACGCCCUCAUCGGCCCCGGGAUCCCCCGUCACGCUCGCCAGAUCAACACCCUGAACCACGGGGAGGUGGUGUGCGCCGUGACCAUCAGCAACCCCACGCGACACGUGUACACCGGCGGCAAGGGCUGUGUCAAGGUCUGGGACAUCAGCCACCCAGGCAACAAGAGUCCCGUGUCGCAGCUCGACUGUCUGAAUAGAGAUAAUUACAUCCGUUCCUGUAAAUUGCUCCCUGAUGGAUGCACCCUCAUAGUGGGAGGGGAGGCCAGCACUUUGUCCAUUUGGGACCUGGCAGCUCCCACCCCGCGCAUCAAGGCCGAGCUCACGUCCUCGGCCCCCGCCUGCUACGCACUGGCCAUCAGCCCCGAUUCCAAGGUCUGCUUCUCCUGCUGCAGCGACGGCAACAUCGCCGUGUGGGACCUGCACAACCAGACGCUCGUAAGGCAAUUCCAGGGCCACACGGAUGGAGCGAGCUGCAUCGACAUCUCCAACGACGGCACCAAGCUCUGGACGGGUGGCCUGGACAACACGGUCAGGUCCUGGGACCUGCGCGAGGGCAGGCAGCUGCAGCAGCACGACUUCACCUCGCAGAUCUUCUCCCUUGGGUACUGCCCGACGGGGGAGUGGCUGGCUGUGGGCAUGGAAAGCAGCAAUGUGGAAGUUCUGCAUGUGAACAAGCCCGACAAAUACCAGCUGCACCUCCACGAGAGCUGCGUGCUCUCCCUGAAAUUUGCUUACUGUGGUAAAUGGUUUGUGAGUACUGGGAAAGAUAACCUCCUGAAUGCGUGGCGGACCCCCUAUGGAGCCAGUAUAUUCCAGUCCAAAGAGUCCUCAUCGGUGCUUAGCUGUGACAUCUCUGUGGAUGACAAGUACAUCGUCACCGGCUCAGGGGACAAGAAGGCGACCGUUUAUGAGGUCAUCUACUGAAAACAUGCGGUUUCACAUUGAUAGUUGAAUUGGGCCAAAAUGUUUUGAACUUGUAGAAAUAGAGAAGUUGUAACUCUGAGGAGUU